AUGUCAUCACCUUCUAAAACACCUUCAAUCCCGUCUCGAAGUUCUUCUCAAUUAUCACUCGAUUCGCAUCUUUCCAGUCCUAGAAAGCGAUAUGACAAACCUACUAGCUCAAGCACCAGACCAUCGCUGAGCGACGGUAUCCGACCUCCUUCAGCCAUAUAUCUGGGUGGAGAGGAGACUUCUUCCCCACGUCGUUCAAGCGAAUAUCAUACGGACGAACCUCAUCAUCCCCCUCUUUCAUCUCCGCACAUACGUAUGACAUCAGGAUUCGCAGGUCUUCACGUUGGUAUCGGGAGUCCGAAGCUGGACUUCGGGAGAAGAGAUUGGGUAGGAUCAAAUAAAUCAUCAACUGAAACUUCUCCUGAAGUCAAACAAGAGGAACAUCCAAAUGUGGAUGUAGAACAAAAAGAUGAAGCAGAGACGAGAAAGGAAAACGAUCUAGUCGAUAGGAUAUCUGGUCUACCAAGUCCUCCUGGGACGGAAAGCGAUAUCGCUCCUGCAGGAUCCGCAUCUUCGAAGUCAACUGUAAAUGGCUAUAGCAGAGGAAAGAUGCCUUCUUCAGAAAGAAGUUCUCCUUCGACACCGAAAUCUCCGCCUUCUAUGCCUUUCCUUCGUACAUCUUCCACUGGUUCAGCGCAACUUCUCAUACGCCGAACAUCGUCUCGGUCGGGUUCAUCAACGAAUAUCCCUGAUUCUCCUCAACUUCGUAAAACCGGUCUUCGACCAAAACAUUCCCCUUCUUUAUCGACGCCACGGUCCACCUCUUCAUCUUCCAACUUGGCUGCAAGUCCAUCGGCAGUGGCAAAUCGCAGUACGGAACAAUCCCCAAGACGCAGCUCAACAGGAUUGUCGAGAAAUAGCAGUCGUUCUUCUAAUCUCAGUCUAGGUGAGAAACCAAAUCCGUCAAUUCGCAAAUCCCUUGCUCCACUUGAUACGAAGAAGGCCAAUUAUCCAGGAGAAAGAUUAUCAUCGCCUGAAAGAACAGCAAGACUUCCUCCCGCAAAUGCCAGUAUCGACUACUUUAAUGAGCGUUGUCACUCCAGAAGUUCUAGUAGGGACUUAAGGGAGGAAUCCGUGGAAGAAGAACCAGUGGAGAGUAGUGGCAUGUCGAGAUCAAAGUCGCAAGGCUCAGAACUGGAUGACAAGAUCAGAGAAGCCGAAGAAAGGAUAGCUCAAGCUGCUAUACAUCGGCGCAGGCGAUCUAUGGACGUCGAAAAGAAUUCCACUCCUUCUCGUCAGCCGAUCAGGCGACACGACUCUUAUUCUCGAACGACCGGGUCACCUAUGGCGGCGACUACUAGUUCUGGCCUAAAGAGAACCACGACACUCCUAUCCGCUCUGACUGAUUCACCGGCUGACUCCAUCCGAAGGGAAGACAAGCCUUAUGACACACCUGAGAAAGGCAACGAAGAAAGGGAAAGAAGCGGGGGAAGUAGCUCGAGCAGAAAAAGGAAAGGUCUACCUUCAGAUUUCAGGCAUAACAGUAGUCUGUUUACUCCCUCGCCUCAAAAGUUAAAGGGAGGUAUCGUAGAUGACGCACCUGGUUCUACACGAUCGUCCCGACUGCGACAGUUCAUCGACUCUCCUUCAGACUACCACUCGUCCUCCCCUAUACCAAGCAGAUUCUCGACCAGCUCUCGUCGGUCAGGAGAGCAAGAAACCGUACCUUCGCCUUCCAGAGGUAAUCAUAACGUUGAUGGACUUGAGAGAUCUUCCAGUAUGGCCGGCAUUAGAGGGGAAACUUCAGGUCACCCGAAGCGUAACUGGAGUCAGUCAAUCUCUGGACUACCUCGAGCCAGCGAAGAACUUGAUCCGAGGGCACCACUUAGAGAACGAUUCCGCUCUGAAACGGUAUUGGGUGGACCCAGCGACAGAUCGACCUACCAAUCAAGGAUGGGAGAAGGGAGAAGAGGGAUGAGCACACUGGUCAGCGAGAGAGAUCUGUUAUCUGCGUCAUCGAGAUCGAGACUUGGAGCUUUGGGACCUGGAGACUCAGUAUCUGCUGUAGGAGCACGAAGUGAAAGAGGAGAGAGUAAAGACCCCUUGGAAAUGAUCAAACGAUUGGAAGAACAAAGAGCUGAAUCGAAGAGAAGAUGGGAACAUAUGCCUCGACCAGCGACUUCAAUGUCAGGUAUCAGAGAGAUGUACAACAAUCCACCAGGUUCAGCUCCUACUGAUCCUCUUCGACAUCGAAGAAGCAUCGAUCAUGAUUCACCUCUAAGUCCACCUUUCAUCCGAGGUGGAGCGUCAAGGUUAGGCAUGAGGGGAGCUCCUUCGACAGAGCCCAGAUCCAUGAGGAGUAGCACUUCUCUAGGCGGUAGAUCUUCCGCGAACUUCGAUCUCGGUUCAUCAUCAACUGAACAUGGUCGAUUACUGUUUGAAGCUUUCCGAGUUUUAGACUCGAGGGUGGGUCAAGAUAUCCUUGGCACUCAGCCUGAGUUGAUGAGGACGUUCCAUUCAGCCACCCGAACAUCUGAAACGAUAAACUCAUCCGUCCGGAAUGCAUUGCAGCUGGCAUCUCAAAUAGCCAUCGAUGCGGAACUCGACGAUCCAGUCAAGGUCCGACACGAAUAUAGUAAUCUUGCUUUCCUGCUGAGAGAUGCUGGAAGGGCAAGCGAGCAAAAUAUUAGAGAUAUGACAAGGAUUUUGCUUGAUCUUCCCAAGAUACUACGAAUUCAAGCUAGUACAAGCGGAAUGACUUCUUCUACAUCCGGUGGUAACGGCCAUUCGGUUGAUAACGGGAGGUUAAGAAGAUCUGAAUCAGCUUCUCUAUCAUCUAGUAGGAAUGGUAUAAUGUCAGAAGAAAGGGCAAGAAGAUGGCAACCUACUUCACCAGUCAAUCAACUCGACCGAUCACCUUUACAAGGACGUUACAGUAUGGACUCGCCUAGAAGGUCAAACGGUUUACUUCGAUCAUCAACUUCAAUGGCAGAUAGUUGUGCACCGCUCUCAUCUUCCAAAUAUUCGAGGGACAAAGGCACGAAUAAUAACCUCAGUAGACCUGGAUCAACUGUUUCGUCUCUUAUGUCGAAAGUCAAAUCGAUGACACCGAGAAAAUCCUUUUCGUCACAUUCUCCGAAACUUGAUCUGUCAACUAUCGAACAGUCUCCUCCACCACCUCUACCUCCUCUUAAUCACAAUUACAAAGUCAUGAAGCAGACAAGCCCUGCCAAAUCGCCUGAAAGACCACGAAACACUCUCCGGAAGAAAACUUCAACGUUGAGCACCAACACGAUCAAGGGAUCCACAUCGACGUCUAAUUUCUUGCCUACUUCAUCCGGUGUGAAACCCACCACGGCAAUCAGUCAAAUCACAGCGGGUGAUUCGAGUCCUCCAGCAUCUCUGAACGGAUUGGGGAUUGGAACAAGUGGAAUGAAUAAGACUCACAUACAAUCGAAUGAAGAGAGAAUUGACGAACCAAAUUCACCGAUGUCAAGAUUCAGCUAUCGUUCGCAGAAAUCAUACCGAACACGAUCACACGGAAAUGGUCAUGGUCACGAAAGGACUGGAAGUUAUGAGACUUUAGACGAAUCUGACGAACCUGGUGGAGGUGAACAACACGGUAGUGAUGAUAUUGGAGGUAGUUACGAGACUGACGCUGUUUCGUUAUUGGAACAAAGACUAGUUCAAGCUUCGAAAAUGAGAGAUGAACGAGCAUCGGAAGAUAAAGAUGAGUUGAAGAGACCAAGUCUAAGUGAUAGGUUCAGAGCGAGUCUGAGGAAAGGUUAA